AUGAUUGAUGGUUCGAAUCCGGAUGCUAACCUUCCUGUUCAUGCAAUGGUGACUAUUAAAGGUCUUCUACCAAAUAACAAGGACGUUUCAAAGACGGUCGAUCUUGACAUUGUGUUCAUUGUGGAUAAAAGUCGGAGUAUGGAAGGAAACCGAAUGGAAACUAUGAAGAAUUUAAUACUGCACCUGAUAAAUUCGAUAUUGAAAGAAAACCAUCGUUUAGGUAAAAAUAUAGACCGAUUAAUUCGUUACCAAUAAUUUGCAUACAUGGGUAAUUUAUACAUCUUGAAAUUAGAAAGAAGCCAUUAAAGAAAAUCUAUCACCAUUUGAAAAAAUUAAAAGAAGUAAGAAAACUUGGAGUCUCGGGGCUGUCCUAAACCUGCCGUUUCAAAAAUUUGGCGUUUCGUAAAUACAAUGGAUAUAACGUAAUAAGAAGGAGGAACUAGUAUAGUGUUUUGUUAUAAUUUGGUGCAGAUAAUUACUACGGGAAAAUAAUGUAAAUAUUUCUAAUAUUUUUAGAAUUUUUGUUUGCUUUCAUGUUUCAAUUUACAGUUAACGAAUCACCGCCAACCGUGAUGCUGCGCGCUAUGUGAAUGUUUACAUAACGGGGAGUUAAAAAUAGUCAUGCACUAAAAAGUAUAUGCAUUAGCUUUAUUACAAACAAAAAACUUUAGUACAAUCACCCGCUGGUGCUUUGAUGAAGAUGAAGUCCUGAUUCCUGCCCCAUCGCCUGCUACGUUCAUGCAGUUCGUCGAUCCCGAUGGAGCAGGAUUUUGGCGAACUCGCUAUGCGAAAGCCCCGUAUUUUCUUUUCGUCCAAAGGACGUACGUUAAACUUGUCAACGACAUUCUUUUUUAUAUACCCUCACUUGUUGGUCUUCCACGAACGUGAAAUACAGAAGCCAUGAGUACCCAUCUGCUUUACAAAAUGAGAAAACUUUCUAAAGUCAUUGUUUAAGAUAAAAACACACGCCAAAAUCUCAAUCAAUGAUCUAUUAACAUAUUCCAACUAUGGAAAGUAUGACAUCGUCUAAAGGCUAGUUUACAAUCAGGAAAAUUAUCUGUGGAUUGGAACGGACAAGAAAAGUUUUAUUUGUGUUAAAGUCAUUAGUUCCAACCGAGAGCUCACAACACAAAGAAAAUUUUCUUGUCCGUUCCAAUCCACGGAUAAUUUUCCUGAGUGGAAACUAGCCUUAAGAAUAAUACAGAUUAAUAAGGAUACAAUUCGGAUGUCACUCUUUCGCAACUAAAGUGGCUAAUAAAAUGGCAGAAUACAAAACAAUCAAAACAUUUUAGCGCGCAAAGCAUCACGGUCGACUGCGAUUCUUUAAAUUCCUUGUGAUGUACCUCAGGAAUGAGACUAAAAAUUUCGCAGUAAACCGUGCCUGACAAAUAUUUAUGUCCGUAGCAUGCAAUCGUUUAUUCUUACCCUAAUGUGUAUUUUUGGUGUAGGUGUUGUAUCAUUUGACGACAAAGCGAUUCGCCUCAUUGAAUUGAUGCCAGCAACCAAGAACAACAAAGAACGCGCAAGCAAUAUCGUAAAGGGAAUUAAAACAUCGGGUGAGACGAAUACCUACGAAGGUUUAUUAGUCGUGCUACAGAUGGCCUAUGAGGGAGGUAGACGAGCCUGUGUCAUGCUCUUCACGGACGGUAAUCCAAAUGUUGGUGUGAUAGAGCCAGAUGAGAUUAUUCAAAAGAUCAUUGCCGAAACGAACGCGCUAAAGGCACGUUCACCUACAUCACAAGUUGAUUUGCAUACUUUCGGUAUUUUUGACUAUCAAGAUCGCCAAGACUUUCUACCGAAUCUCGCCGAAAAGGUUGGCGAGGGAAAUUACCACAAUGUGGACAACAGAACCGAUCUAGCGACCGCUUUUGCUUAUGUCGUUUCUACCGCUAUAAACCAAAUUGCCGAAGCUAUUCAAAUAACUAUAUCGCCGACAUCAGACCGCGUUCAAAUUGAAGAUGCAUUGACACAAUUUAGGCAAAUAAGAGAAGAAGACCAAUUAAUUAUAAAAAUACCUACUUUGGCGGACCAACAGUCUCGACAUAUUCCACUGAAACUUAUCGUGCUUCCUACGAAAGAAAAAGCGAACUACGAAGAACUCCUUCGCGUGGAGAUGACGUACAAAAACGUGAUCACGCAUAGCGAGGAAAAGUGCGACGAGUAUCUUUAUGUAGCGCGGACACAUCACUGGAACGAAGAAAAUCCGGACGUCAUCGAACAGCAUAAUCGGGUGAACGUUGCAAAGAAGAUGAAACGCGCUUUAAAAUAUGUAAAAGAAGACAACCGCUACGACACAAUAGAGGAAUUAAAAGAAGCCGAGGAUAUUAUUCAGGAAUCGAUAACGAAGGACAGUAGCCUGUCGAUGUGUAUGCGAAAUGAACUAGCAAAACUGAUCCUAAUGGCCAAAAAUAAUCUCGAAACGGUUAAAAUGCCUUUGGAAGAAAGUGCAAAAAGUCAUUGGCAUGAAAAAGGGGGGUGGAGUUCAUGCUACCUUACCCGCAAAGAAGAGACAAUGAUUACAGUCGUUAAAAGAAACACAACAACAGAUUGAUGAAUGAGAGUUUUUCAAUUAGCGCUAUGAAGUCAUUACCAUGGCAAAAGGUCCAUAGCAAAAUAAGGGAUACUAAUUAAAGUUGUUUAGAAAUAGAAAUUUGUAGAAAUCAUUCCAUCAUCUGUUUGAAGCUGUAUUCACAAUAGAGUUGUCCAAAUUUGAUUCAAUUACUUUGUUAAUACUGCAAUGUAAUACGCAUGCAUGUAUGUUGAAAUAGUUAGCACUGAACUUAAGCAUGCAUUUAAUUUUUAAUAGUUUUAUUUUACUUAGUUAAAACAUCUAUUAUUAAAACAUCUUAGUUAAAACAUUUAAAUACAUCUAUUAUUUAAAACAUCUUAGUUAAAACAUUUAAAUACUGUCAAAUCCGACGUGUAUAACCUACUAUUUUCCAGGUUCUUAUUAAGUUGUAUUUCAUGACCCUGAUGUCUGCAGUCUAUGAAAAUCAAGUACACUGACUCACAGUUAUAUAGCUAUUAAUAUUAUUUUAUAUUUUUGAUACACCCUUUUUUAUACACCCUGUAUUAUGCGGAAUUUUACUGUAAUUAUAUACAAUGCAAUAUACUAUAGUUUGAAUAGUAAGGGUAAAAAUGAAAUAUCUAAUCUAU